AUGGCACCACCACAUAAGGGACAUCACAAUUUCCGUCCAGAAAAUGUUUUAAAACGUGCUGAAGAUUUAAUCGCCGUUGGACAAAAAGAAGCUGCUUUAGAUACUUUAUAUGAAUUAAUCACUAGUAAACGUAUUCGUUAUUUACAAGUUGAAGAUUUAGAACCUAUUGCUAAUUUAUUAAUUGAAUUGGCUGUUGAAUUACGUAAAGGUAAAUUAGCCAAGGAUGCUUUACAUCAAUAUAAGAAAAACAUUCAAUUACUGGAACAUGGUUUAGACAGUGUUCAAACUAUUGUUCGUAAAUUUAUUGAUUUGGCUGAAGGUAAAUUAGAUGAAGCUCAAGCUAAAGCUGAUAUUAAAAUCGAUCAAAUUGAAACUACUGGUGAUGAUGAUUUAGAAACUAGUCAAACUCCAGAAAGUAUUUUGUUGAGUGCUGUUUCAAAUACUGAUUCUGCUGAUCGUACUGAAAGAGAAUUAGUUACUCCAUGGUUAAGAUUCUUAUGGGAAGCUUUUAGAGCUGUUUUAGAUAUUUUGAGAAACAAUUCUAAAUUGGAAGUUACUUAUUCUGCUAUUGUUAAUCAAGCUUUUAAAUUCUGUUUGAAUUUUAACAGAAAAGCUGAAUUUAGAAGAUUGUGUGAAUUAUUAAGAGCUCAUAUGCAAUCAGUUACUACUCAAACUAAAACUACUUAUAGUAGUGCUAAUGCUAUUGAUUUAUCUGAUGCUGAAACUGUUCAACGUUAUUUGGAUCAAAGAUUUUCUCAAUUGAACAUUGCUGUUAAAUUAGAAUUAUGGCAAGAAUCUUUCAGAUCAGUUGAUGAUGUUCAUUCAUUGAUUACUGCUUCUAAAAAAGCACCAAAACCAAACAUGAUGGCUAAUUAUUAUGAAAAUUUGGCUAGAAUUUUUGCUGUUUCUGAUAAUACUUUAUUCCAUGCUGCUGCUUGGAACAAGUUCUUUAACUUGUACUCCCAAUCUCCAAUGGCUACUGAUGAAGAAUUGAAGAAGUAUGCUUCUGUUUUGGUUUUAUCUACUUUGGCUAUUCCACAAAGAGUUGUUCAUGAUGUUGAUGAACACAAGAGUAAGAAUUCUAAGUUGUCUUCAUUGUUGAACUUGCAUCAUGUUCCAACUAAAGAAGGUUUAAUGAAAUCUAUUGUUUCUAGAUCUAUCUUGAAAUAUGUUGAUGAACCAAUUAGACAAUUAUUUGAAUUGUUGGAAGGUGGUAACUUCCAUCCAUUGACUAUCAAGAAACAAGUCACUGAAAUUUUCAAGACUAUUGAAUCUGAUGACGAAUUCAAAAAGUAUAUUCCAACAUUAACUGAAGUUAUCUUGGUUAGAAUCUUGCAACAAGUUUCUCAAGUUUAUCAAACUGUUAAAUUGGAAUUCUUGGUUUCUUUAGGUGUUUUCCCAGAUUCAGAAUAUUCUUUGAAUGAAUUGGAAGUUGAAGAUUUGAUUGUCAAUGCUGUUAAAGAAGAUUUGGUUACUUUAACCAUUGAUCACGAAUCCGGUGUUGUUUUAUUCAAAUCUAAUCCAUUUGAUGAAAUUGAACAUGAAUUGGUCAAUGCUCCAUUACAAGUUUCUCCAGCUGAUUUGAUUCGUUCUCAAAUCAGUAACUUGGCUUCUACUUUAUCUCAAUCUAUUUCUAUUAUUGAUCCACAAUUUGAAGCUAAACAACAACAAUUGAAAGAAUUGGCUUUGGCUAAUUGUAUUCAAGAAAUGAUUCAAGAACAACAAGCUCUUGCUGAUAGAUCCAAGAUUUUGGAAGAACGUAAAUUGGCUGCUGAAAAACGUAAACGUGAAGAAGAAGAAUUACAAGCUAGAUUAAGACAAGAGAAAUUAGCUGCUGAACAAAAAGCUGAACAAGAAAGAUUAGCUGCUGAACAAGAACGUAAGAAAUUGGAAAAAUUGGAAAAAGAACGUGAAGCCAUUCAAGAACGUGAAAAGAGAAAGAUUGCUGAAGAAAUCAAUGCCAAGGGUAUUAUUAAAGUUGAUUUGGAUAAUUUGAAAGAUUUGGAUGCUGAUAAGUUGAAGAUGAUGCAAAUUGAACAAUUAAAUAAAGAUAAGAAAGAAUUGGAUGAAAAAUUAGUUGCUACUUCCAAGAGAGCUGAUCAUUUGGAAAGAGCAUUCAGAAGAUAUGAAUUAACUUUAUUAGAAGCUGAUGCUGAAAAACAAGUUGUUUUAGAAAAAGAAAAUUAUGAAACUAUGAAACAAACCAAGAUUGCUAAAGCUAAGAAAGAUCAUGAAAAUGCUAUUGCAUUGAAGAAUAGAUUAGCUAGAAUUGUUCCAGAUUAUACUAUUUUUCAAAAAACAAAUUGA